AUGGGCUAUAAAACUGUGAUCCAUAGGAGCGGGUGGAACCACGAGAAAAGAGCGUCUGUUAUCCAGAUGCCUUGCACUAAGUUCCGCCAAGGUGUCUGGAUAAAUACUUCGGAUCCAGUUACAGAAGCAAGGAGGGAAGACAUCAGCUAUGGCGCGAUCCUGCAUCUGGAAGAGCGUGAACCUGCUGGGCGGUCUUGUGGCGGCGGUUUUUUUGAUUGCCUGCCAUAUGCCGGCAGUAUUAUCAACGAGCGACCUGAUGAUACCACCCCUUCUCCAGACCAAGAAUGUACACAACGACACCAAAAAUACAUCGACUUCAACACCACCGACUCUCUUGACCACUUUAGAAACGAUUCAAACUACGACUUCAAACCCCAUACUAUUUACUGCAACGCAACUUAUGAUGGUUACCUCUGCUGGCCUCCGACACCUGCUGGUGAAACCACGUAUCAAACGUGCCCGAGCUUCUAUCUGAUUGACACAUCAAUGCAAGCGUAUAGGCGGUGCGGUGCGGAUGGGUUGUGGGUUGGGCGGUAUAUUAAUGAUACAUCUUCUAACGGUUGGACGAACUAUACUCCAUGUUUUCCUGAAGCUGUACAAAAUCUUUUGAGUAAAGUUGGUGAUAAAUCUGAGGCUCAGCUUAAAUUUGAAACUGCUGUAAAUACAAGAAUGGUGGAGAUGAUAGGGAUUGUGCUGUCAAUUAUUGGUAUUAUGCUGUCUCUAUACAUUUUCAGCGCUUUCCCAUCUCUCCACAACAGACGGACUUUAAUACAUAGGAAUCUGUUUUGUGCUCUGCUUUUGGAGACUACUAUCAGAAUGUUACUGUACACGCAACAAGCCCAGGCUUACAUGCUGGACAAACGGACCAUUGUAGCAAACGCGCGAAAGGGAAUCGAAAACUUGCCAUAUGUAUGUGAGGGCGUAUAUGUGUUAUUGGAGUAUGCUCGUCUCAGCGUGUAUUCCUGGAUGUUCAUUGAAGGCGUUUUUCUUAACACCAUGAUAUCAGCCAACACACUCCGCAAUGAGAUAAAUGUGAUAUACUUUUAUUUCGGGGGAUGGGUGAUACCUACGUUCAUUGUCGGAAUGUGGGCAACAUUGACAGGACGUCAUUUUGCAGCAGAAAGAUUUAACACGUGCUGGUUCGGCUACAACUACCUCCCGGCCUACUAUAUCAUCAAUGGACCAAUCGUGGGUAUCUUGAUUAUUAACACUAUUUUCCUGGUUACUGUAUUGGCUGUUAUCAUCACGAAACUUAGGAGAACAAAUGACUCUGAACUCGAGAAAGUUAAGAAGGCGAUCCGAGCUACUUUAAUUUUGCUGCCACUCCUGGGAAUUAUUAACAUCUUUAACUUGUUCGAAUACCCUUUGGAAGGAUCAUCGAUUGGAUUUGCGAUCUGGGCUUACGUCACUCACUUUUUCCGCUCAUUCCAAGGCCUCUUCAUAAGUAUAAUCUAUUGUUUUACCAAUGAUGAGGUCUUGAAGGCCGUGAAAAAGCGAUGGGACCAAUCAGACUGCGUGAUACGAUGGCGGCAACAACAUCAGCGGCAACAUUCGGGCAGGACAAGACAUAUAAUAACAAUAUCGGACAUACCUCGAAUGGAUGACAUCCCCAUGACUGUGAGGCAGUGGGAUAGACCGUCAUCCACAAACAACGUUAACUGGUCUGAAAUAGAAGCAGGGCCCAGUCACUACGAAGAGCAGCACACAGCGACCGUGCACGUCCCGACAGACAACCGUCCCUUAACAGAUUUCCUAUCAAGUAUUGAGUCCGUCAGGAGUGUGCCCAUACCGCCUAGGCGAUGCUCCUGCGAAUCAGCCCCGUCCCGGUACCAUUAUUAUCACCGGCGCUCACUCGAAGCACACGAGGCUUACACAAAGGACAAACGACGUUGUUCUCUAUGUGAGCUUCCGUGUCGGAGAUACAGCCAACCCUACGAUCGCCCGAGGGAUACACGUGUUAGAGCCAUGUCGUGUGUGCCCAGCACGCACACAAUCCCUCGGACGCGACGGGGCUUCACUCGGCCCGGCCUAGUCACCCGCGACUCCCGCAUGGGCCUCAUGUCCAUCAGCAGCUGCCUCUAAACAUAGUUAUAUUUUUUUAAUUUCAUACCAAAAACCCCAAAGACACGCCCAUCUAUUUAUUAUAAUAUUAUAUUAAAUUAUAUACAUAGUAUAAGUGUGACGUAAUCUAGUUUUAUAUUACUACCU